UUUCCAUGGAGAAUCUUUUUGCUAACAUUAACUAUUACCUAUCAGUGCUGCCAGUACUGACAGUUUUUUCAACAAACUUUGACCCAUUUCCUUCGAGAAAGCCUUGGCUAGUCCUAUCAUUGACCGUGUUUUAUCUUUUAACUACUUUUUCUUCACCUUACUUUACCGAAGAUUGACGAAGCAAACAAUGCAACGAAGUCUUCGCAUGAAAAAAGAAAUCGCCGAUUUGGUCAAGAAUCCGCCCAUUGGGAUUUCUUGUUGGCUCAGUGGCGAUGAGUCCACUUUGAACGAGUUGGACGCGGUCAUGUUUGGCGCCGAGGAUUCACCUUACGCCAAGGGAACAUUCCGGCUGAAGAUCCACAUCCCAGACCGUUACCCGUUCCAGCCACCUCAAGUUCAAUUUUUGACGCAGAUCUACCAUCCCAAUAUUGACACUAAUGGCCGAAUUUGCCUGGAUAUUUUGAAAAUGCCACCCAAGGGGACCUGGAAGCCCAGUUUGAAUGUGGCAGCCGUACUUACUUCGAUUCGCUUGUUGAUGGGCGAACCUAAUCCGGACGACCCACUAAUGUCGGACAUUGCUGAGGAAUUUCAAAUGCGCCCCGAGUUUUAUUUCAAGACCGCCCAAGACUGGACUCAAAAAUAUGCCAUGGAAAGCAAGCCCACUCAUCCGUGAUUCAAUUGUUUAUUUUUCGUAAACGUUGUAACAAUUUGGCCUCAAUAAUAGAAAUCUAUAUAAAUGUUGGACAACAAACACAGAAGAACAAAGACAACUAAGAUGAAUAGUGA